UUCUCUCAAACAAAGAAUCAACCCCUCCUUGAUUUUGUCCCCGUCAUUCUCUUCAAUCUUCAAUAAACACCCGUUUUAUACAAACAGACACCUUCAUCGAGUCGAUCUUGCAUUUUACUCAGUCUGAAACUACUGAAUACAGGGAAAGAACGAGAAAGAGAGAAAAGGAAUGCGGGGUUUUUUUCUUGCCGGAAUGCCGGUGGCGUCGACCAUUGCCGGCGCUGCUGUCGCCGUAUUGUUGCAGACAGCUUUCGUCCUUUGUGCGUUUCCCACCAUUCUUAAGUUGGAGAGAGCUUUUCCGACGAAUCAUCUAGUUGAAUUGAAUGAACUUAGAUACAAAGAUAGUUUCAGGCACCCAAGAAUCUUGCAGCAGCAGCACCAGCGGUCUUCUUCUGCAGCAAGUGUUGUUGUUUUCCCUGUUCAAGGAACUUAUGAUCCUUAUCGUGUUGGGCUUUAUUUUACAAGAGUUCAAUUGGGUUCUCCUCCAAAGGAAUAUUACGUACAAAUCGAUACCGGAAGUGAUGUAUUGUGGGUCAGUUGCAGUUCAUGCGACGGUUGCCCUAGAUCCAGUGGACUCGAAAUUCCAAUUCAGUUCUAUGAUCCUUCAACAUCAUCAACAGCUUCUCUGAUAUCUUGCUCAGAUCGACGUUGUUCUUUAGGAACUCAAUCUUCUGAUUCCGGCUGUUCCAAUUCCAAUCACCAAUGCAGUUACACAUUCCAGUAUGGAGAUGGUAGCGGGACGUCAGGGUAUUACGUUUCCGAUCUAAUCCAUCUUGAUAUAAUCGUCGGCGAUUCAAAACCAUCAAACGCUUCAGCAUCUAUCGUAUUCGGAUGUAGCACAUCCCAAACUGGGGACUUAACCAAACCCGAUAGAGCCAUUGACGGAAUCUUUGGAUUCGGUCAACAAGGACUCUCUGUAAUCGCGCAGCUUUCUUCACAAGGGAUAGCUCCAGAUGCUUUCUCUCAUUGUCUCGUCGGAAACGGUGGUGAUGGUGGGAUUUUGGUUUUAGGUCAGAUAAUCGAGCCAACCAUGGUGUAUACUCCAUUAAUCCAGUCACAACCACAUUACAACAUAGAUCUGUUAAGCAUUUCUGUGAACGGACAACCAUUGUCAAUCGAUCCGUCAUUAUUUGCAACAUCAGGGAAUCGAGGGGGGACGAUAAUCGAUUGCGGAACUACUCUUUCAUACCUCGCGGAAGAAGCUUAUGAUCCUUUCGUUGAUGCUAUUACACAGUCUGUUUCACAAUUCGUCCGGCCAAUUACCUCAAAGGGUGAUCAGUGUUACGUAAUUUCCUCAAGUACGCCGGAGAUAUUUCCGACUGUAAGCCUGAAUUUCGCCGGCGGUGCUUCGAUGAUUUUAAGACCCCAAGACUAUCUUCUUCAACAGAACUCGGUGGGUGGGGCUUCACUGUGGUGCAUAGGGUUUCAGAAAAUUCGUGGACAGGGAAUUACCAUUCUAGGAGAUCUUGUUUUAAAAGAUAGGAUUGUUGUUUAUGAUCUUGGUGGUCAACGGAUUGGUUGGGCGAAUUACGACUGUACGUCAUCUGUAAAUGUGUCGACGAGUUCAAGUGGUGGAAGAAGUGAAUAUGUGAAUGCUGGUCAGAUCGGUGGUAGUAGUCGUGUUCUACCGAUUCUUGUCGUGUCUUCAAAUGUUGGAACUGGUCCUCAAGAAAUAGCAACAUCUGGUUCUACCGGUUCCCAGUUCCAAAAAUCCACAAAAAUAUCGUCUCGGUCACGGCUCGACUGGUUCCAUUGGGUUCCGGUUUCGGUAUGGGUUCUGGCCGGUUCCCUGGUCUAUAUGCUCAUCCCUAAAAAGGAAUGA